AAUUAAAAAAAGUUCAAAUGUAAUGUAACGAAAGUAACCAAAAAGAAAAACGCACACAAAGGUUCAAAUGUUCCUGUUCAACAACGUUGUUCUCUUCUCUGCUUUCAGAUCCAUUCUUGCUCAAACAUUGCUGGAAUCAAAGAUAACACCCACCUCACCUACUCAAUCUCAUUUCACUGGUAUAUGUAGGGCCUCACUAUGAGUAGAGCAUUUUCAUCAAAGAAAACUUCAUAUUUGCCUCCGCCACCAACACCAACAACCGCAAUUGUAAAGGCCAAUUCAAACAAGAAGCAAAGUCCUCGAAGCCCUUUACAGGAUCUCAACCGAAUUUCCAGUAGUAGCAAUGGUAGUGAUGCUUCUUCAUCUGUCUCCACGGAAGUCCCAAAGGGUUGCCUCAGGUUCUUGGCCUCCUCUCAUUUCAAAACCCCUGUCAAUAGACCCAAAAGUAUCUCCAAAACACCAAAUUCAGCACCCCGUGGACUUGCAUUAAAACAAUCUAAGUCCAAUUCUAAUUCCUCAAAGGAGAAUCUUCCAAAGGGUAAUAAUGUUGGACUGCAAACUAAAACUCUUGUAUCUAAUAAAGCUAAGAAGAACCCUCCAUGCCUCUACCAAUGGCAGUCCGGUAAGAAAUCUAGUUCAAGGACUGGCCAAAAGUCGAAGCUUACUUCUACUUUGAAUGAACAUGGACAAAUUUCACCUGCAUUUCCAUCUACAUCCAAGGAGUUAAAGCAAAAGGAGGAUAUCGUUGGAGGGAUAAGUGAUAACGAUGUUGAGUCUACCCAUCUCAAAUCAUCUAACAGAGAUGGAAAUUCGACUCCCUCAAGUAAAAAAGUUUCUGAGUCGAAUUACGAGGAGGCGGAGGACAACCUUAACAGAAGUAUUAGUAAAACACCCCCAAUUCAUAGCUCUCUUUCCCCAGAGAUACAAGGUGGUUCUUCUUUGGACUCAACAACAACACCUGGUUGUUAUGCUGCAGGUUAUAUUGUUUCUGGUGUCACUGACAAAAGGAAAUGUAGGCCUAGAGGGAUUCUCACUGUAGAAGAGAACUAUUCAUGCUCUGCUAAAUCGGUUGCCGAUAGUAUUGAUGAUGGAGAAGACGAUGAUGACGAUGAGAAGAAAACAAUGGAUGUCAUUAAGGAAGAUAGCCCUUCAUUGUUGCCUUUGCCAACUGAAGCUUUAGUGCAUUGGCUUAGUUCUCCAACUAGAAAGGGAGAGAAAAUUCUGAAUCGGAAGUCUGAAAUUGGACUCGUAGAGUCCAUAACUCUUGGUUCCAGUACUUCACCAUCAUCCAGUUCAAAAAAAUUCUGGAAUUUAUGUGAUAGUUCUAAAACUGUUUGGAAUGCAAGUGAUAGCAGUGAUAUGUCUGGUACUGCUAAUGGUAUGAGGAGAAAAAUGAGUUCUUCAAUUUCUCCAGGUAGUCUUUCUGAAUUUCAAGUACCUUUUGAUUCCAUAUUGUUUUCUCCGAAAUCCUCACCCAAUUGUAAGGCAGACAGAUCAGAAAAUUUUAUUGAUGAGAACUCUCCAUUCUCGCUGAAUUCAAUUAGCAGUGGAAAUGUGAUUCAAACUCCACAGUCAGAUUGCAGUUCAGAUUUACAUGUUGGACUAUCACUGGCGCACAUAGAUAAUCAAAGGAAAGAUAAUUUUAACCCUGACUUUAAUUCAUUCAGUGAUGUUCUUCAAUCAGAAAACAUCCUUCUCAAUAGUUCUUUGCCACUGGAGGAUUCAGUUAAUUCAAGUUUCCAAUUUGAUUGUUUAACUAUGCCUUAUGAAUCAAUUGAUCUCAGCAAACUUCCAAAAAAAUUGGAUGCUCGGGAUCCUCCUUGGUUAUCUAGUUCUACAAUAGAGGAUGGAUCACAAUCUCAAAUGAGGAUAUCUUGGAGGGAAGGGUUAAUGAACCAAGUUAAUGAGGUAGAUGAGUUUGACUCUUGUAGAUGUCUGUCAGAUGAAGAUCUCUCCGAUGACAACGACUGUGGUAGCAAUAGGGUAUCAGGUACUCUAGUUAAUAUUGAAGUAGAUGACAUCAAAAAACCAAACUAUGAUGUGGGACUCACUGAAACUGAAGAUAAGGAAUUGGAAACAGAUGGGAUUGGCAAUGAAAUGUUUUCUGGUGCCGAGUCCAUAAGCACCGAUUAAGGCGGUUUAGUUGCUAUUUGAACAAGUUAUUUGAAGUGUGAAAUUUAAAUAGGAAGAAGGAAGAAUCUACUUAGAGGAAGCAAUUUUUUUUCUUCUUGUUUUCAAUAUUGGAAUAAUUUACUGCUCAAGUGGUUGAUCAGGUCAAUAAUGGUAACUCAGUUGAGCAAUUUGUUCUUCCUGAACUACAAAUAUUUUUAUUGACAGUCUCUUUUCAUUUGUAAUUUUCUCCCCAUAGUUUUCCAUCAUUGUUUUUAGUGAAAUUUGUUUUCAUUCUU